AUGCCUACUUUUGCAUGCUUGACUAGGCAGCCCGAGCCAACAAGCCAUUGUUUAUAUCUAUCUUUUUACAGACUUCUUCGGUUGUUCCACUUUCACUACGAACCUCCAGACAGUAUCCAGAAAAUAAGUAUGACCACUGCAGGCGGUCACGGAGCCUCCAGUGCAGACACUCUCGACCUCGCCAGACCCUUUUACAUCACCGCGCACGACGAAGCCCUUCUCAGUGAAGCCGCCAGACACGCAAAGAUGGACGCUAUUGAGAUCACCUCCACCCUUGACAACACCCCCGCUUCGUCAGGUUGCGCAUCGUCAAGCGGCGCCACGGCCGGCGGCCAAAACAGCACAAGGCCAACAUCAUCAGCGAGAAGCGACGGCGUGAUGAACACGACUACCACGCUCAAACAAGAAAACCCCAUCACCGCGCCAGGGAACGCCACCACCACUAUGAACACAACCACCAACACCCAGGGACCGCACCAAGAAGGCCACAAGCUCGCCAACCCUAGCCCACUGGGCCUCUGCGCCUUUGCACUAACCACCUUUGUGCUCUCGUGCAUCAACGUCAACGCGCGCGGCGUCUACGUACCCCACAUCGCCGUGCCCCUCGCCCUCGGCUACGGCGGGCUCGUGCAGCUCCUGGCGGGCAUGUGGGAGAUGGCCGUCGGCAACACGCUCGGCGCCACUGCGCUGUCGUCCUACGGCGGCUUCUGGCUCGCCUACGGCAUCCUCCUGACGCCCAGUUUCGGCGUGCUCGGCCCGGGAGGCGCCUACGACGACGCCGCCAUCGAGAACUCGGCCCUCGGCAUCUUCUUGGCCGGUUGGUUCGUCUUCUCCGUCGUCCUGACCCUGCUCACCCUCCGGUCCAACCUGGCGCUCUUUUCCAUGUUCUUCGCCCUCGACAUGACGUUUUUGAUGCUCGCAGUCGCAGAGUUUGAGAGGAGCGAUGGCAGCUACGAAACGGCGACGGCGAUGACCCGUGCGGGAGGUGCUUUUGGACUGGCCACGGCGUUUUUGGCCUGGUAUAAUGCGUUUGCUGGCUUGGUGGACGAAAUCAACUUCUUCUGCACUAUUCCGGUCUUCCAUUUUCCAUGGUCUGAAAAGGCCAGGGGAAUCAGGAACCGGCAGAAGACCGAGAGGGAGAUGGUGUAAGGGAUAGAUGUGGUGAUGGC